AUGCGCGCUCUUCUUCAUCCGGGUACUUGCCGUUGACUGUGUGGGUACGGAGGCGGGAAAUGGCGUCCAGAGGUGCGGGGAGGACAGAGGUGAACCUCGUCUGAAGAGGCACGCAAAAAAACAGCAAGUGUCAGCAGCCCUGAAAACGACCGUGAUUCUGCGACUCGAUCCCCGGUGAUUCGUCCAUCUUACAUGUGACUCUUAACAAAAUGAAGCUGAGAAUGCGCAAGGCUUCUCAGCAGCCAUACCUCGCCCGCAGGCCCAGCACGGCCCGGACCAAGCGGAAGCACUCUGGCCUUCUGUCCAGCAUCAAGAAGUUCAUCCAUGGAAGUUCCAUAAAGGUGGAGCCAGACAACCCAGCAAAGAGGAAUUGUCUGAGCUGCGAGCUAAUCACCUCCACCCCACAGAGGAAAAAUGACUUGCCGAGUAAAAGCAUCUACAGGGCCCGCAGAAGAAGCUUUGUCAAUGGAGAAACCACAAACCAUGACACGAGUAAGCCUAACGGGAAGUUGGAGGACUCUGAGGAGGUUGUGAGCAGUCCACCCCGCACCACCCUGCUUGGAACUAUCUUCUCUCCUGUCUUCAAUUUCUUCUCACCAACAAAUAAAAAUGCCUCGGAUUCCCCAGGCCAGGUGGUGGAGGCAGAAGAGAUUGUGAAGCAGCUAGAAAUGGAGCAAGUAGAAGAGAUGCCCACCUGUACUGCCACAUCUAAAGAGCCCCUAAGUGUCCCUCUCUACACCAGUGCCAUGCCCUCGGCCUUCAGACCUCCACCCUCCAUUCAUACACCUGCAGAGGAGAGUGUAAACACCCCCCACGCUGACCUGCCUCCUCUUACAGCUCCUGGCUCUCCUGCAACAGGGGGUUAUAUGGACGCCUCUCUCACUGUCCCAGCUGAAGGAUCGUAUGAAGAGGAGUGGGAAGUGUUUGACCCGUAUUUUUUCAUCAAACAUGUACCUCCACUAACAGAAGAGCAGCUAACUCGCAAACCUGCACUCCCUCUGAAGACACGCAGCACUCCUGAGUUCUCCCUGGUGCUUGACUUGGAUGAAACCCUUGUCCAUUGUAGCUUGAAUGAGCUGGAUGAUGCAGCACUAACCUUUCCUGUACUCUUCCAAGAUGUCAUAUACCAGGUUUAUGUCCGAUUGAGGCCAUUUUUCAAAGAGUUCCUUGAACGCAUGUCACAGAUUUAUGAGAUCAUUCUCUUCACUGCCUCUAAGAAAGUUUAUGCAGACAAGUUGCUGAACAUUCUCGAUCCGAGGAAACAGCUGGUGCGGCACCGAUUAUUUCGUGAGCACUGUGUAUGUGUGCAAGGAAACUACAUUAAGGAUCUGAAUAUCCUUGGACGGGAUCUGUCCAAGACUAUAAUUAUUGAUAACUCACCACAGGCCUUUGCUUAUCAGCUUUCCAAUGGGAUCCCAAUUGAAAGCUGGUUUAUGGACAAGAAUGACAGCGAACUUCUGAAGCUGGUACCUUUCUUGGAGAAACUGGUGGAAUUGAAUGAGGAUGUGCGGCCACAUGUUCGAGAACAGUUUCGGCUUCAUGACCUGCUUCCCCCUGACUGAGCGCACAUAGCGGGACAGGACAGUAACAAAGACAACAAAUGCAGAUAUAGAUUUUGCAUAAUAACAUCAUUGCCAUUUAAUCUUGAAAUUAACUUUUUUAAUUCCCCGCAAAUUUUUAUUGCUUUGAAAACAUCAAAACAAAAAUGACUCCCUUUUCGGCACUUUUUGCCAUUUGUUCAGUCAAAGGGGUUUGAAAUUUCUUGUGUGGUCUCUUCAGUUGUUUCAUCCAGUACAAAGUGAAUGUGUAGCAGUCAGAAGAGAAGAGGAUCAUGUUGUCUUUUGGUGCUCCAGUGGGAUUGACACUGUUGGGCUUUUGACCAAUUUCAUAAGGAAUGGCCAGUAAGAAAAUAAUACUGUCUGACAGAGGUUAGAUGCAUGUGAGUGAAUGUUUUUUUUUCUAUGGUAAGUUUAAUUUUUCAUUCAUGUUUUCAGUAUGCAUUCCUCCCCAUCUGAACAGGUUGCUUAGUGUUUACUUCAAAGCUUGUUCUCUCAACUCCUGGCUUGUUUUGUUUGCCAAAAUGUGUUCUUUUCUCAAAGAGCAUCUUCUGGGUAGAUUAUAGUUCUGAUUUUCACAGCACAGUGGAAUCACUCUUUAUAUAUAUAUGGUGUGAUUGAGAAUGGUUUAAACCAGAGUGAUGUCUGUUUUAUAAAGAUUUGCAGCGACUAAAUUCUUAAAUUGUUUAAAUAAGACGUUUCCUACCAGUGAAUCAAAGUCUGCAACUUCCAUCUGUUCUCUCUCCACAGAUAUUUAUUCACCUUCCAGAUCCAACAAAAUAUUAAUUAGUAGCAUGUCAAAAUGGUAUUUUGUCAGCCACUGUUUUAUUACAUAUUUUUUAAAUACAGUUUUGCUUCAUAUUUAGCCUGUGUAUUUUUGAUAUUUUAGUUUUUUAAGUAGGUGUUCUUUAAAGAGAUGUCACCUUUAUGUAUUAGUGUUAAUUAUAUGAAAGUAUUUUCGUGUUAACUUUUGGACUUAAUGUAGCAUUUGCCCAGAGCUAAUCUAUUCUAACUCCGCUGCAAAGGAGAGGAUGAAGGGCUAAAGCCUGGUAGAGCCCUGUGUAUAGCACCAGCAUAACAACAGUCUCAUCGCUGUGGUUUAAACCUGCCUGUGUGACGUUCUGGUUUUUCUUUUAUUCUGGGCGAGGGUGGAGGUGUAGCUGUUUCAAGAGGUAUAUUGUGACGUAAGCUAGAUGAAUGAAAUGAUCGCACUGCAAAAGCAAUUUUUGUCAUUUCCAUUCGUCUGAUAUUGCCUUUUCAGUUCUAAAGAUGAUACUUCAAAUUGAGUAAGAGUUGAAACUUCAAUAGUGCCAUUCAGUGUGAGUGAAGCAGGGCCAGGCUAGUUGUAUCCCCUUCUCUCUUUUUCUGCUCUGUCCUGUUUGUUUUGGAAAUGAACUUGUUCACUUUCUACAUGUCGUUGGUGCCAUUUAUGCUGUUUGUGUUUACAGUGUGCAGUUUUCUGAUAAAUGGGUCAUUCUUAGUAAUAGACAAUCACGGAUUACAUCAUUUGUCUACAUUGGAUUGUGACCCUGUCAUAGUGUUUUUUUUUUUGUUUUUUGUUUUUUAGAAAUAUUAUUUUCAUAACACUUUUUUUUUUAAUGAGACUUAAAAAAAAAAAAGAAAGCAUCUUGUAUGCAGUAAAGGUAAAUUUAGUGUUUUUUUUAAAUGUUUUUUUUAUUAUUAUUAUUGUAAUUAUAAAAAUGAAUUGCAAGGUGUUAAUAGUGUAAUUCUAAAUAUUCUGUGGUACUUCCCAAUUGAAAGAGAAGAGGGAGGACAAAAAGGAAAUCAUGAUCCCAAGGAUCCUGCUCUACUGACAGUUUGUUUUUUCUGUUUGACAGUCCACAAGCACAGUAUUUCUCUCAUAUAAUAGGCUGAUUCAGCAAUGGUUUCAUAUACAUUUUGAACAUGGUUAAACGUAGUGUUAUAGUAAGUAGGAUUUUAUUAGUGAAGUAUUCCUUUUCCUUACAUUGAACAGUUGAAUGAUGCUAAACUGAAUGGCAUCCCUUAGUCCAGAAUGAUACAGGUGUAGCUCCGAUGUUGGGAGAUGGAAUGCAACUACCGUUAGGCCCUGGCACUUUCUUACAAAGAAAAUAUUUUGUAUGAUUGUCAAAGAGCAGUAGUGUAUUAAGUGUAAAGCAUGAUGCAGAGGUUUGUUUCAUACGUACAACCAGUUCAUUGUAAUGUGCAUUACCUCUGUACAAAGCAUACUGUACUAAAAACAUGCAGCUUCAUAAAAAAAAAAAAGUUAAAGGAAAUCUUUUUGUAUUUUUGAUUACUUGUAUUCCAAAAGGCAUGUCAUAUCUAUUUUUAAAAUUUAUUAAUUUUCAAAUGUAUUAAUGCAGAACUUGUCAUCAGUUUUUUUUUUUUUCUUUUCAUCUUUGUAUUUUGUAUGUAGUUGGCACAAUCACUGAACAUUCUCCGCAUGUAAAAAGCCUGUUAUGUGAGAGUUGGGAUUUUAAUCAAGGCACUUUUUUUUUUUGCAGAUGAAUGUUUCAGGUUUGUUUUCUUUUAUACUCCAUCUUCAAAAGCCAUAUGGCUUGCGAUUGUCCUUGAGCUGCAUUGGGGAAACAUUCUAGGUCUAAAUGUCAUUACCUGAAACCUGUAAUUUAAGAUUGUUCAUAUAAUGGAAAUUAAGUCUUUGGAAAACUGCAUGCUCUUUUAUUUUAAUGUUAGCUUAUGUCAGAACUACAUGUUAGAUACUUAUGAAAGGAUGGUUGUAUUUCAUGUCUUUUUUUUAACCAUCAAAUGGUGUGUAAUAUCAAGGAGAUUUUAUGAAUAUGAUUAUGACUUGUAUCAAUUUUGUGUGAUGCUGUCAGCAUAAAUGGCAUCUUGUUGAUGCAACCUCACAAAAGUGAACGGAAAGCCUUAAUGUCACUAGAGUUAGAGCAAGUUAAGGUAGAUGCACAUAAAAGGAGUUAAGAUCAAAUUUUACCUAUACGUUUUGUAUAUACAAGGAGUUUCAGGGUUCCCAUAAUCAUGGAACCAGAAAAUUGGUUUCCAGGCCCUUAACAGUCAUGGAAAUGAAUAAAAUUUUCAAGUCAUGGAAA